AUGGUUUCUUACUUUUUCCUCUUGUCACUGCUUUCUCUAAUAAACACAGCGUUAGCCGCACCACAGGUGACGGUUAAUUCGGACCAGACAGUAACUGGACUCGACGAAGGCAAUGGAAUCGAGUCUUUUAAAGGAAUACCAUACGCACAGCCUCCAUAUGGAUCAUUACGUUUUGCAAGACCUUUAGCAUUCAAUGGAAGUUACGACGGUUUUCAAGCUACCAACUUUUCAGCCAGUUGUAUUGGCCUUAACUCAUCAAUCCCAGACAUUUACGCCAGUGUAGCAAACCAGUUCAAUCCAAUAACACGCGAAAUGCAACCCCUCAUCAAUUCCAUGUUUAACAUAUCGACUACCACUAUGGACGAAAAUUGCCUAUAUCUUAAUAUUUACCGACCAAGCGGUCUCACUAAAGACUCAAAAAAGCCCGUCAUGGUUUGGAUACAUGGUGGUGAAUUUAGCCGUGGAGGUGCAAUUAAGUACAAUGGUUCACACUUUGUUCAAGCCAGCAAAAAUCUUAAUCAAGAUGUCCUAAUAGUCACUUUUAACUAUCGCCUUGGAGCUUUUGGAUUUCUUGGUGGUGAUGCAAUCAAAUCAGAAGACAGUGGAAAUGCUGGUCUUCUUGAUCAACGUCUUGCGUUAGAAUGGGUGCAGGAUCAUAUUGCUGACUUUGGUGGUGAUCCAGACCGCGUGACUAUUUUUGGUCAGGGCUCAGGUGCUGGAAGCAUUCUUAACCAUCUUGUUGCCCUUGAUGGAGACUUUACUUACCGCAGCAAGCCUCUUGCACGUGCUGCUAUUUUGCAAAGUCCGACAGCAUUAAGCUUGGAGUCUAUUACUGAUAACAAACCACAGCGAGCUUUUGAAAAAGUCGCCGAAGUAGCUGGAUGUGGAAAUAGAAGAACGUCUACAGAAAAACUUGCGUGUUUGCGACUCACAAGUCAAUGGCAAAUUUCACGGGCUCAAUUGUUUGUCAACGGAACAAAUAAUGGCAUAGCUUGGACUCCUCGUAGCGACGGAUCGUACCUUCGUGAUAGACCAAAACAACUGCUUACUGAGGGAAAAAUUGCCCAUAUUCCCUUCAUUGUAGGGAACCAACAAGACGAAGGAACUAUCCAAGCAUACUCAUAUACUGAUAUCAAGACCGAUGAAGACUUUGGGAACUUCCUGAGUAACCUUGUUUACUCUAUUAGCACUCAAGAAAAAAAACUUGUCGCUAACUUAUAUCCAUCAGAUCCCUCCCAAGGCGCUCCUUUUGGAACAGGAACUCAAGGUCAAGUGACUAGUCAGUUUAAGCGGGUGGCUGCAUUUUUGACCGACUUUAAGUACCAGAGUGGCCGGCGCCAACUUCUCCAGCAAACCAAUGACGCCAAUGUGACCCGCUAUAACUUCUUGUCAACGGAGCUUCAAGGAUUGAUACCUACUCUAGGAACUUUCCAUUUUAAUGAUUUGUUGUGGCAAUGGCUUGAAGAUAGUGGGCCAUACAAGGCCUACCAAGAUUACUUUAUUGCUUUCGCAAAUCACCUCGACCCAAACAAUGGGACAUCAUUACCCCACUGGCCAGAAUACACAGAUUUUAAUAAAGAAACUCUUGAAAUUGAGUAUAACGGAUUUAACAUUACCAAUGACGACUUUCGAGAAGAACAAAUAGAGUUUUUGAUCACUUAUCCGGAACUUUCUUCUCUCGAAUAA